GUGGUAGACCAAUCUCGAAUUCUUUUGCAUCCACUUGUCGUCUACAACAUGGUCUAAAUUUUGAGUUUGGCUUACAAUUCUGAAGAGAUCUUCUUCUCUUAUGUUUCCCAUAAAGUCAAUUUUGUUGCUGAUGCUAUUGCAAGUUUUGGUCCCAAGUCUCCUAAUCCUAUCACUUCAUUAAAGAAGCUCAGCUCUAUCUGCCUUUAAUUUCAAUUAGUUUAAUUUUUGUAGUAAUAAGGUCUUGAUGUUGUAAUUUUUCUUCAAAAACAUAAAAACAAAAAAAGACCAACGUUUAGAAGAUGGUAUUUGGAAACAUAGGGGCCUUAUGAAUUCGACGACUCGCUCUCAAUUGACUGUUGCUGCGAUUCUCUGAGACUCUCAACUCUCUAGUCUCAGUUCAGCAAACAGCCAGGGUCUCGGUAGUAAGAUUUGAAAAUUAAAUUCAGGCUGAAGUUGACUUCAGAAGCUACACCAACCAAAUGGGGGAGCUGGCAUCUCAGAAACAUGUUCGAUUCAUUUUAUCAAAAGCAAAGGAGGAGGACUCUUAUGAGUCGGUUUUGAUGGAGCAUAUAAGAUUGAAUGGAGCUUACUGGGGUUUGACAACUCUUGAUCUUCUUGGAAAGCUUGACACUGUGGAUGUCGAUGAGGUUGUUUCAGAGGUCAUGCAGUGCCAGCAUGAGUCAGGUGGCUUUGGUGGUAACAGUGGACAUGAUCCACACAUACUCUAUACCUUAAGUGCUGUGCAGGUUUUGGCCUUAUUUGACAAGGUUGAUGUUUUGGAUGUCGAAAAAGUUGCAGAUUAUGUAGCUGGACUGCAAAAUGAAGAUGGAUCAUUUUCAGGGGACAUGUGGGGUGAAGUUGAUACACGGUUUUCAUAUAUUGCUAUUUGUUGUCUCGCAUUACUACAUCUUUUGGAUAAAAUCAAUGUGGAGAAAGCUGUGGACUAUAUUUUAAGUUGUAAAAAUCAUGAUGGCGGAUUUGGAUGCACGCCUGGUGGGGAGUCUCAUGCAGGUCAAAUUUUCUGUUGUGUGGGAGCCCUUGCUAUCACAGGGUCUCUACAUCGUAUUGACAAGGACCUUCUUGGAUGGUGGUUAUGCGAGCGGCAAGUUAAAUCAGGUGGUCUUAAUGGUCGUCCAGAGAAGCUUCCUGAUGUGUGCUACUCAUGGUGGGUUCUAUCUAGUUUAAUCAUGAUUGACAGGGUUCAUUGGAUCGAUAAGCAAAAGCUUGCCAAGUUCAUUUUAGACUGCCAGGACACUGAAAAUGGGGGAAUUUCUGAUAGACCAGAUGAUGCAUGUGAUGCCUACCAUACAUACUUUGGUGUUGCAGGUUGUAAAAAUGAAAGCUUUCUCGAAGUUUUAGAGUAGGUCAGAUGAUUAGUGAUUGCUGUGUGAUGCUAGAGAAGGUAAUUUGACCCUUAUGAUGAUGAUCUUGCAAAAUCUCUUUGAGUUUACACCUUUUUUUUACUAUUUGGAAGCAAUAUUUGUUUCAAAUAUCUGUAAUGACAGAAAUCUACAAUCUACAAUAUAACUUCACACUCGAAUUCAGCAAUA